UAUCGCCAAAAAGUUGGGUGUUGAUAGAUAGGACAAAGACCAAAAAGAAAAGAAGAGCAAGGACGAGGUGGGACAACCGAACAUCAUGUCUUUAUCCAAAACGGAAACAGAUGUUAUACUAAACAAAGCCAAUGUUGCUUUGGCACGCAGUCAGCGACUCGUCGCCUCAUGGCUACCCCCGAAGACUCAGGAAGAACAAGCCAAUACAAAGUCUGAAGAGGAGUUACAGCGAGAAGAGGAUGAAGUUUUCACAGCUGUGCCGGAAACUUUAGGUGUUGGGGCACCCCUUCCCUCCAAAGCAGCCGAUGGAAGUUGGAAUCGCACGGAACUUGGCUCCAACGAUAAACUACGGAGACAACUUCUUGGGAAGAACUACAAGAAAAUCAUGUCAGAGAAGAAUGCAGCCGCGGGUCGACAACUGAGCAACAUGGGAAGCUCAUCAGGUGCCAGCUCUGCUACGAAUCAGUCCCAGACUAUGGCUGGCAGAGCCUAUGAUGAUGAUGACGAGGACGAGGAUGAAGGACGAACGGCCCUGGUCGGGAAGAAGGGCUCGAGGAAAAGAAAAGCGGAGUCUAUUCCAAGGACUCUCGACCCCAUUGUAGCUGACGACGAUCGUGGAGAUCAGGGUGAUGACGGUGGAGAUGGUGAGGAUGAGGCAUCGGUGAAGCGAGGAGGGACUUUAUCACAACAGCCAUAUCGCCUAAAAGGGAGGAGGAAAGCCACGAGCUUCCUAGAUGAGAUUCUUACUGAGCGGUCAAGGAAAAGGAAGAAGAAAUAGAUUCGUCUCCUAUUCAGGCUUUCAUGGUUGUGGGUUGGAUUUCAAUAUACCCCCCGUAUAUCUGCUUGAGAUACUUUGACGAUAACUAUACAAUACACAACGAUAGAGUUAUAUACACACUUAAAACCUAACAUAACCGCUUACUUCCCUGAUCUGAAAGGACCGGCCCCACUGUUAGAUCUACGUAUACACUCGAGUAUAAGCACCUAGAUAUCAACAUUCAUUCUCGGUUCUAAAGAAUACCCAAGAACUUUUUGGCCCUACCAACUCGAGGGUGUGUCAUAUACGGCAAAUGAAGCCUGGGAUGUUGGCAUCAGCAACGCAGCCAUAGUAUGUCACAUGCUAACAUCCACCAAUGAU